AUGGCAGCUGUAGUUGACUUUUACUUUGAUAUCAUUUCCCCAUAUGCGUGCAUUGGAUAUCAGGUACGUGAAAUUAUUUAAUUCUUACAAUUUAUAAUUUAAAAACCUCAAAACACGAAUUUUUAUUUUUGAACAUUUUUUUAAUUUCAGAUAAUGCGCGAAUACGAACAGUACAUGAACGUAGAAGUAAAUUACCGUCCCGUAUCAAUGGCUGCUUUAUUCAAGGUCACUCAAAAUAAGGGUCCGGCUUUAAUUCCAAGAAAGUACUACUAUUUGAAAGACAAAGCACCAAUUAUUUGCAAGUAUUGGAAUGUAGAAAGGGUUACUUUGCCUGAGGUAUGUUUUUUAAGUCAACUUCAUUUUUUGAUAUCAUUUUUAAAAAUAGUACGUGAAAAAUCAUCAAAAGUUUUUAAAAUUUCGGAAUGUUUUUGGACUACGCGAUAGCAAUAGUAUCAAUGGUAAAUUAAAAAUUUCAGCAGAGUACUUAAUAUAAAUGUUAUAGCUAGAUAUUCUUAGAGAAAACUAAUUGUAAGCAUAAGCUACCAACAUGCUUCUAAUUGUAUUACUGAAAGAUAAGCAGUAAAAGAAUAAAAAUAUUUGCGAUGUUGCCUAAUAUCGCUGAUAUAAUUGGAUAGCCUUAGAGAAAUUGAAAAAAAUUGUAUUACGCAACUUUUUCUUAUAUAAUAUUAUUGAUUUAUACAAUAUUUGCCUCGAUGUAAAACGACCCAACAAAUUACUGCGAGUGCUGGGAUUUGGCUACAUUUUUCUGCGGGGGACCAUUUUCUGCAAUUUAUGAGUAUAUAAACCCAAGAACAUUUGUAGAAACAGUCAUUUUUUGCUUAAGCCCAAAUUAAGCCUAAAGCUAAUCCUAGAGCUAAGCCUAGAGCUAAGCCUAAAGUUAAGCCUAGAGCUAAGCCUAAAGCUAAGCCUAGAGCUAAGCCUGAAGCUAAGCCUAAAGCUAAGCCUAGAGCUAAGCCUAAAGUUAAGUCUAAAGCUAAGCCUAAAGCUACGCCUAUAGCUAAGCCGUAAAGACGCCCUAAAGUAGACACGAAAUGUCGGUCCUUUUGGGUUUCUUAUAUUGGGAGAGUACUGUAUAAUUUAAAAAAUAUUUUACUGGUCAUUGCUUACCAGGAAAAUUAUACGGCUAACAAAACUUAAUAAUUUUACCGCAAGACUAAUAAAAACUAAAUAUUAUUACCCAAUACAACUGAAUUUUUAAACACAACUUGGUAUAAAUAAUAUUCCUUACAUUUGUAAAUUUAGUGGUUCGAAGAGACAUCUCCAACAAUUUCCUCGGCGUUGCCAUUACGUGUCAUUUCCUAUAUUCAACAAUAUUAUCCGGAAGACUUUGACAAAACAACUCGUACUUUUUUCAGUCGUAUGUUUACUGAACAUAAAACAAAUCAUGAAGUGAGUGAUGUUGAGCAAGUUUUGAACGAGGUUGGCAUUCCCACAGAAAUUAUGGAGUUGGCACAGUGUGAAGGAAAUCGGAAAAUCUUGAGGGAUAAUGUAAUCGAAGCCAGCCAGAAUAACGCGUUUGGAGUGCCGUAUUUAGUGUUAAAGCAAAUUGGCAAAGAAAAUGAAGUGUUUUUUGGUGUGGAAAGCUUUCCUCUACUGUUUCAUGAACUUGGCGUUCCACAAGUUAAACAUAAAGCUAAUUGGGCUAAAUUGUAA